AUGCACUUGGGAUUAUUGUCACAAGAGAGAUUGUCGUUUGAUCCAAUCAAGCCCUUGAUUCUGCGAGGACCACCAUCCGAAAAUGCUUCUUCAGUCUUCACCGGAAAUGUUGUGCUUUCUCUUGCAAAGACCACAAAAAUAUCAAGCAUUGCUGUCACCUUUAAAUCAACGGCAACCACAUAUUGGCCCGAAGGCAUUGGUGCACGUGGAACCCGAUUGACACAUGAAAAGGUCCUCAGCGAAGAAAGUGUACAGAUUCUCGAACUGAAAAAGAACGAAUUUAUCAAACUACCGUCCGGCAUUCACCGUUUUCCGUUUGCAUUCAUCGUCCCCAAUUCUAUUGUUGAAACAAUUGAGGAUGUAUAUGGCCGAGUUCGUCAUGUUGUGGAUGCAAGAGUGGUUGGGCCUGGAAUUCAGCUAUUGAACAACUGGCACAUUUCAAAGCCUGUUCUUGUAUUACGUGCUUAUAUGUCAGAUUCGCUAUUGACCAACAAUUCAUUGCAAGAUCUAUCCCGUACUUAUGAAAAACAUUUACCCGCCGCUGAUGUGCAGUUAGUGGUGGAACGUGCAGCCUUCUCAUCUGGCGAUCUAUUCUAUUUGAGAUUAAUCUUGCAACCUCAGCGUAAACGUGUGCGUCUAGAACACAUGGAACUGACCAUUACAGAAGCUAGAAGAUACCAUGUUUCCGAAGUACGAGCGAAUCGUUCUGAUUCUGAACAGUUUACACUUCCUUUCCUAACAUGUCAAAAGCUGGCAGAAGGCGAUGACAGCCAUGGUGCUGAUUCAGAUGGUGAUUUGAAGCCUGUAUUCGCAAAACAUGGUAAAGGAUUGGACUUGACCGACACCAUCGCUUACAGAAUUACGUUUGCAACACCUACUUGCAUGAGAAAUAUUCAUCACACCACGUAUUACAAGGACAUUCUGUUUAGGCAUCAUCUCAAUAUCAGUAUGACGAUUUCUUUUGUGGAUGAACAAUUAACGGCCGAGGCACAACGUCCAGCCAUAUUGUCGACGAGUAGCAGUAAUAGCAGCUUGGGUGAUGAGCUGACAAGGUUGCCUGCAACCCCGACAUCCAUGCCUUCCAUGCCAUCGAGCACAGAGAGUGUCACAGACAUUGAGCAACAGGCAGCCUCUGCUAUGAUGGCAUUGGCUCCUCCGCCAGCUGCAUUUGCCAUCAAUUCCACCAACACCAAUACUCACACUAGAUAUCCGAUUGUCAAUGUCAAUACAAGCAAUCCACCGCCCAUCAUUCAUCCACACAACCCACACAACAACAUUAGCUCUAACCCGCAUUACCAAUCGCAAUCACAGCAAUCCACAUGGCUCUCCAAGCUGCGAAAACCUGUUAAUACAAAGGAAGGAGGUACACAUGUCAUUCGCAAGCGAGAGACAAUUCGAUUAGAGACGCCUGUCACCAUCUUUGAUUGUCGCCUCAAGGAGGACUAUGGUCGAUUACCAUCCUACUCUGAACUGAACGUUACCGCCCAUCCAGCACACGGCGAUGACAAGAACAAAAUGCUACCUGAAAUGAUGGAGCAGGAUCUAAUGUUACAAUGCAUGCCUGACUCCGAUCAGCAGAUGCCGUCUAAUGAACCACAACCUCAACUAUGUCCAUGCUAUUUCAAAUUUCGACGUCAAAUGGAGAUGGCAUCUCAGGCACAGUUACUCACAGCCAACAGCAACAAUUCGAGCACGACUACAUUAGAAAGAAUACCAUCGAUUCCACCUCCAGAUUAUGUUGAAACUACCAAUUAA